CAUUGGCAGAGGAGAGGAAAAAGAAGUCCCGCUCGUGAGGCUCGCACGUGCUGCUCCUGCCUCGGCCGGGUGCUGCGCUGAAGGAGCGGGACAUCUGCGCGGAGAGGAGAAGCAGCUGCUCCAGCCCGGGGCUGGGGCUGAACUUCCUGCAGCGCUUCGGGCUUGAAGUGAGCGCUGAAGGAGGCGAGCAGCAGGACGGGAACGCGCAGCCCGGAGCGUUCAGUAUUUCAAGCUUAAUGGCCUCCGGCGUAAACAAGAGCCGGCAACCCGGGACUUGCAGUGGAUCUAAAGCCCCUCGCGGCAGUUCGGCAGAAGGAUACAAUAAGGAAAUUCACAUGCAAAUGUGCAAGAAGAUCGCCCAGCUCACCAAGGUGAUAUAUGCCCUGAACAUUAAGAAUGAUGAACAUGAAGAUAGUAUACAGGCUCUGAGAGAAGCUCAUGAAGAAGAAGUUCAGCACAUUCUUGCUGAGAUGAAGGAAACAAUUCUCCAGUACAAAAGUAAAGUUGAAGAAGAACAGUUGCUAGAGAAACGCAUUCAAGCCCUUGAAACUGCAGUAGAACAACACAGGAAACUAAAGGAAGAAGCCUUGGCAGAGUUAACAUUGUGCAAGAAGCAGGUGAAAGAGAGGGAACCAAGAGCAGAAGUAAAAGUCACACAUGUGGCCCUUUCCAUAGACACAAUAGAUACCAAUGCAGACUUUGAAAACAAACUUCCUCAUUUAAAUGAGGAGACCAAUGGGCAACUAAAUGAAUGCAAGCUAUCGAGGAGAGAAAAUUUAGAUGAAGAUAUUUUAGCUGAAAAUUUCAGCAUGGAAGGACAAGUUCUAGUAAAUGAAAUGGAAAACCUGAGGAGUGAGAACCAAGGAGCAAUUAAAGAAUGUACUCAGAAAACAAACCAACUGCGAGCCUCCUGUGAGAGGGGAAGAGAGUCUUCAAAAAAGUCUACACAGCAAUCUAUGAUAGAAACAAAGGAUCAUCAUCAGCAAAGAGAAAUGGAGCAAAGGAAUUGCUCAGAGGCUGAGAAAGGUUUUUGGAUGCAGCAGGUGAAGAAACUGGAGGCAGACCUAGAGGAGAAAAGCCAGAAGAUAAAUGAGAGGAAGAAACAUUCCCAGAAGCUGAAAGAAAGAAUACAGGAACUCCAGAUGCAGCUAGAGGAAUUUAAAAGAAAAUCUGAGUGUGAAAUAAAGCAACUAGAGAAAGAAAAAGAAGCCCUAACUGGGAAACUUCAAAACUCUUCACUUGAGGUGACUCAGCUGAAGCAAAUAUUAGACCAACAAGCAGAUAAUUUCAAGGAGUCACUGAAGAAACACAAUCUGCAGUCCAGCAAAGAAAAGGAGAAGCUUUUGCAGGAUCUUCAAAACACCAUUAAAGAAAACCAGAAUGUUAAACUGCAGCUGGAAGCGUCACAUCAAAAAGUUUUAAAAAUGUUGGAGAAAAACAAAAAACAGGAACUCAAGGAGGCAGAAGAGCGUUUGAAAAAGGAGUUUAAUGAGACUUUCAAAAUCCAACAUCAGUCUCAUAGGCUGGAAAUGCAAACCUUGGAAGAGAGAGCAAAGAAAGAAUUACAGGAUGAACUCGAGCAGAUACAGAAGCAGCAAACUCUGUUGCUAGGAUCUCUAAGGGUAGAAAUUUCUGAGCAACAGACAUCAUGCACUAAUCUCAAAAAACAAAUAGAAGAGCUCCAAAUGGAGUUGAGGAGCGUGAGGACCUUGAAGAAGCAACAGGAAGGAAGCAGCCAGAGCCAGAUCAGAUCUCUUCAUGAUGAACUGGAAAAAUGUCAGAGUGAAAUUUCUGAGCUCAAGAAAGAGAACUUACUUUUGAAGGACACAAUGGAAUUACUCAGUACUGAGUUGGAGACACAGAAGCAAGAAGCUGCACAGCUUCAGGAUAAGGAGAGACAACACAAAAGACUUAAAAAAUUAGAAGAAAACACAAGAAAACCAGAAUCCAGACCAGAAGAUAUACACCUUAUAAGCUGCCUGCAAGACAAACUAAGUGAGAGAGAAGAAAUUAUUAAGCAGCUGGUGGAAGGAAGAAAAUUUCAGCAUUCACUUUUAGCCAGUAAUGAAUCUUACAGAAAUCGAUCUUUUUCUUUCACCCCUAAUCCUGGAUGUUUGACUCCUAUGAAGCAGCAGAAGAGACCAGUUGAGGUGCCCAGUCGUGUUGUCAGUGUACCAAAUUUAGCUUCCUACGCAAAGAGCUUUUUGAGUGGUGACUUGAGAUCAAAAAGAAGUGUUCCUCAAAUAACAAAAUCAACAAGCUUGGACCAGAGUCCUGGAUGCCUCAGCGUGGGCUCUCCAACAGCACAGACUUUGGACAGCAGCACUUCCACAAGGACGACAUGGGAUACAGCAUUGGAGGGGAGAGGGGCCCUAGAAAGCUGGUCAGUAUUCAAAGAUCAUCUCCAGCAAGCCCCAGAAGCAGUGCAUCUCAAGAAAGAGGAUGGUAGGCAAGAAUACCAGGAGGCCUCCAUGGAUCAACAAGGGACUCCUGGACUUACUUUGGCAUAAAAAGGAAGUCUAUAGGCAGUGGAAGCAGGAACAGGUUAUCUAGGAGGACUACAAAGAAGUCUGAGCAGCCAGGGAUCAGGUUAGGAAAGCUAAAACCCAGGUAGAAUUAGAUCUAGCCAGAGACAUAAAGGGGAAAAAGAAGAAAUUCUACAGGUAUAUCAGUGAUAAAAGGAAGGCCAGGGAAGAUGUGGACCCUUUCUGGAAGGAAACUGGAGAUGUGAUCACGAGAGAUAUGGAGAAAGCUGAUAUACUCAAUGACGACUUUGCCUCAGUUUUCACCAGCAAAGGCUCUAUCCACACUGUCCAAGUUGCAGAAAGCAAAGGUAAAAACUGGGAAGGAUCUGCCCACUGUAAAUGAAGAUAGACCACAUAAAGGACCUGAAAGUGCACAAGUCCAUGGGACCUGAUGAGAUUCAUCUAAGGGAAACUGGCAGAUGAAGCUGCCUAACUAAUGUCCAUCUUAUUUGAAAGGUCAUGGCAGUCUGGUGAAGUUCCCAGUAGCUGGAGAAGAGGAAACAUAACCCCCAUUUUCAAGAAGGGAAAAAAAGAUCAUCUAGGGAACUGCAGGCCAGUCAUCUCACCUCUGUGCCUGGCAAGAUCAUGGAGCAGGUCUUCCAGAAAGCCUUACUAGGGUACAUGGAAAAUAAAGAUGACAUGAUCAGUGGUAACCAAUAUGACUUUGGGAGUGUCGAUUGAUGAAAAAUUCAAGAUGAACUAGCAGUGGGCGCUUGCAGCCCAGAAGGCCAACUGUAUCCUGGGUUGCAUCAGGAGAAUUGUCACCAGCAGGUCGAUGGAGGUGAUUGCCCUCUGCUCUGCUGAGUCUCCACCUGGAGAACUGCAUCCAGUUCUGAGGCCUCA